UGUAUAGAGGGACAGGUGCCGUCGAGAGACAGAGGGUUUCUCGCUGUCUCGUCGUAUUUCAACGCGCCCGCCGCGAAGUUUAAUUCGGGAUACGUUACCGUGGGGGUUUCGCGCGCUUUGUCGUAACGCGCUCGGUCGCGCGCCAUCCAUCGACGUCGCGGGUUUCCCCUUUGAAGUCCAAACCGGAAGGAUCGUUUAUACGAAGCGACGAAUAAGCUCGUGUGUUUGCCUCGUCUUGGGUGAUUCGAGACCAGACGACGACGACGACGACGACGACGACGUGUUGUACACGUGUGAUCGCGCCGCUGUGAUAGUUUAUCCCCUCAUCCGCGCGCUGCGCGGAUCGACGAAAUAUCGCCGAGUCUUCCCACGUCUCCUCCGUCUCUGUCGCUGUCGAUGACAAAGAGAAGCGAACGUUCUCUCCUCAAUGUGCGACCCCACCGCGUUGCUGGAUCUAGUGCCGGGCGAGGGAUUACUCAAGAGGCCGUCCAUGGAUUAUAACGAGUACACGUACUGCUACGGCGGUGGUCGAGGGUGUUUGUUGGACAGUUCGGCACCGCGGGGCCCGCCUGAUGUGCCACCCCGUAAUCCCGCAAUGAGCCGGCUCAACGGAAGACUGCCAGGAAGUCACGCAGCGAGUGAUCACGAACGCGAUCCCGAUCUCGAGCCAUCCUGCCUCGUACGCACCCCAUCCGGUAACUUCUACAAUAUACCAAAGAUACCGAAGAAUGAAUACAACAACAAGAAUCAGUCUACGGGGAACAGUCCAAUAAAGGUGGAGCUGCAGAACAACAUGGACAGGGUACCUUUACCUUACGGGCACGCCCCGUCAAUGAUCCCGAUGAGGAGACAAAGCAUCCGCUGUCAUUUCCGCAAGGGAAUCGAUUGGUGCAGCUGGAAACUAAUUGCCAUAGUAGUAAUUAUGCUCUCGCUCUGCUUGACCGCGGCAUUAACGUACGUUGCAGCGUCCAAUUUAGUGAACUGGUCGUACCAAGGCACGAAGGCGUGCACGGUCCUGGUGGGCGAGAACACGGACGCGAAGCCGUCGUCGAGCGAAGCGAACAAGACGUCCACGUCGUCCACUUCAACGUCGUCGCAAUCGGGUGGCAGGACGCGGCAGCCAUCAUCGUCAGGAGGUAGUAUUAGCUCGUCGGAUAGCAUGUUGCUAGAUGGUGUCGUAUACAGUCGCAAGCGUAGGGACACGUUUAACGAGCAUGCCUUGCACCAAACUGUCGCACCGCCACCCCCUCGUGACCCCGAGGAGCUGUUCUUGAUUCCAACCGUCCUCGAGGCCUCGGGGUCCGGGCAGCGAUCAGUCCCAUUGCAUGAGAAGUUCCCCGGUAAGGUUGUGCAUGAUCCGGAGCAUGCAGACGGUCCAGGUCCGGCGAAGGAAGCUGUCGACCGUUCGAUCGAAGCUGUCGAGGUCGCCGAGGAGUCGCUUGUCGUGAAUGUCUCCGCCACUACUACUAAUUACUCGCACGAUCAUAUCACUGUCGCUGUCGAUCAUCUCACCUCUUCGUCCUCUGUCUCUGUCGGCUCUGGUCAUUCUUCCGCAUCAACUUCUGAAUUCAAUCGCGAAUCACCCGACGACGAAGUGCCCGGCACGACGUUCUCGGGGCUUUUCACCGAAAUUUUCCCGGCCAUCGACAAAGACACUGUUGAUGUGGUCGAAAAAUCGGUGACGCCUGAAGGAGACAUUGCCACGAAAGCCCCGAUCGCGAAACUCGUCCGCGAUGACUUCGCGGAUUUCGACCGCGAUAACGAUAACGCCGGCACGUCCGAAAGUUCGGACAUUGGCGAAAGCGGAGACGAUAUCGAGGCUACGACGUCUGCAUCCGACGCGAAGUACGCGAAACUUGGCGCGGAUAGCAGCGAUUACGACCGAGUAGUUGGCGGAACUACAGAAAAUGACAGCAACGUUUCCCCCGUCGAUUAUAACGGUAAUACUGUAGAUACUGCCGAUAACAUUGUAGAAGCUGUAACAGAGGUGCGCUCGAUUGAACUAACGGAGGAUCAAGGCUCGAACGUAAGUAAUUCCAAUACGAGCGAACAGUUAGUGUCUGUAGAAAUGAAUCGAAACGCAGUAGACGCUAGCACGAUUUCGUCUAGUAUAAACGUAGAUGAUAAAACGGCAUUUAAUAUAUUAUUAAAUAAUGACGAGAAAACUGAAGAAUCUGAAGAAGACAUAAUCAAGAUUGAAGAUAAUCGCUACGAUAAGUCUAAAGAAAAAAUUAGCUCGGACGAAAACAAUAGGUCAGCUGCCUUUACGGAAAAUAUCUCAAAGACAAUAAAUAUGGCCACAAAAUCAGUAGGAUCCCAGACGCUGGAUAUUGUGAAAGAAACACGAGAGCUUUCUCGGGAAAGUUCGUCGUCCGAGUCCGAAGCCUCAUUCAAUGUCGUUAACGAUCCUGAACAGUCCGAGGAACUUCAGAGAGACUAUCCCGUACCGAUCUACAGCUAUGGACAAGACGAGGUAGAGAUUGUCGAUCUUCAUCAUAAGAAGCAAUCGAUCGCAAAAACGAAAGAGCCUACUAAAUCAUCUGAAAUUCUUGAUAACAACGCAAAGAUGAGCAUCGUUUCUCGAAAAGAACAUAGAGAUAAAGACGAUCUACGAGUUAUCAUGAGAGAGGAAAACGACGACGAGCUGUUUCGGAAGUUUAAAAAGAAGUUCCAUGAAGCGGCUGUCGAAGCCAACGAGCCCGUUAAAAAUCCCUCGUUGAUUAGAACUAAUUACAAUUCACCUCCAGCGAACACUCUGCAUGAAACUGUGCAUGAUUCAUCGGACAACGCGUCACCUAGGUUCCCCUCUAAUACAGACCAUCUGUCAAACUCACCGAUCGCCCAACGGAUACAGAUCGUAGAGGUGCCCGUAUACCGCGAUGUUCAUUCCGUCCCAUCAUCGUCUUCAUCGUCAUCAUCACCGCAUCGAGUGCUCAUAAACGUAACGAUCGCCGCCGACAAUCCAUCUGCCGCUUCUUCAAGACCGCUGUAUGUCCUCUCGGUGUCGGUGCCGACAGAGGACGGCUAUUUGUCCGGGAUUAACAUCGAUCAAGCGCAGGUGCUGCCUGCAGCGAGCAUGAAAAAAAUCCCUGCUAAGGACGCCGAGUCGAUAAACGCGGUCGAUACGCGAUUACCGCCACCGCCACAACCACCUGCCUCGCCCCCGGCGCCCAUCUGGGCCGGUGGCGAGUGCGAGUGCUCCUGUCCGUGCAUGGGCUCGUCCUCGGACGAAUGGGACAAUUUUUCAGCGAUCGACGACAAUCUGGAGCAAGAGCUCGAGAGCGUUAAUGCCACUCUGUCAGACGACGAAUUUCUAGAAUCGAGAGAGGAAUCGAUGGAUGAGAGGAAGCAAGAUGCGGAAUCAGCGGCGAAAGAUUCGGCGAAAAUCAAUGCGACGAUUUCCACCACCGAAAACUAUUAUCCCUCGUCAAUGGACGACAUCGCCAAGAAUAACGAAUCAAUCGACGGGACUUCUACUUCUACUUAUGAGCCAGAAGUAAGCACCGACUCGUGGGCUUGCUCGGGGAGCACUGCGCUCCCCCCCGAGCCUACUAUACUGAUCCUCGAAGGUGCGCGAACUUUCCCGGCGCGGUCUUUCCCGCCCGACGGGACGACCUUCGCUCAGGUCGGUUUAGGACAGAAGCUAAGCAAGGAGAUACCGCCGUACGGCUACUGGAACAUGCAGUUUUAUCAAUCGGAGGCCGCCUACGUGCGUUUCGACUACAGCAUUCCACGUGGUGCCAGCAUCGGCGUGUACGCGAGAAGGAACGCGCUGCCCACCCACACGCAGUACGAUCUUCUGGAGGUUCUCAGCGGCUUCAAGGCUCGGACUACCAGGGCGUCCCAUGUUAGUGUUAUUCCCUCGAUUAAGAAGGAGGUAACUCAGUAUAUGGAGCCGGGACACUGGUUCCUGUCGCUCUACAACGACGACGGAGAUCCCCAUGAAGUCUCGUUUAUCGCUGUGAUCGCCGAGGAUAUGACGCAUAAUUGCCCGAACGGUUGCAGCGGCAAGGGCGAGUGUCUCUUAGGUCAUUGUCAGUGCAAUCCUGGUUUCGGUGGCGAAGAUUGCAGCGAGAGUGUUUGUCCUGUUCUCUGUAGCCAAAGAGGCGAGUACAUAAACGGCGAGUGCCAAUGCAAUCCCGGCUGGAAGGGCAAGGAAUGCUCUCUGCGACACGACGAGUGCGAAGUGCCCGACUGCAACGGCCACGGUCACUGCACCAACGGCAAAUGCAACUGUGUACGCGGCUACAAGGGGAAGUAUUGCGAGGAAGUUGACUGUCCGCAUCCGACUUGCUCGGGCCACGGUUUCUGCGCCGAGGGCACGUGCAUCUGUAAAAAGGGUUGGAAAGGAGCCGACUGCAGUCAAAUGGAUAAGGAGGCACUGCAGUGCCUGCCGGACUGCAGCGGUCACGGAAACUUCGAUCUCGAGACCCAGACCUGCCUCUGCGAGCCCAUGUGGUCCGGUGAUGAUUGCUCGAAAGAAUUAUGUGAUCUCGAUUGCGGGCCUCACGGACACUGCGUAGACAACGCCUGCGACUGCUUGCCAGGUUGGUCCGGCGAGCUUUGCAAUCUGAAGCAAUGCGAUCCUCGUUGCAAUGAGCACGGACAAUGUAAGAAUGGCACGUGUCUGUGCGUCACCGGAUGGAACGGAAAACACUGCACGAUGGAGGGCUGUCCGAAUUCUUGUUCCGGUCAUGGACAGUGCAGGGUGUCAAACGACGCGCAAUGGGAGUGUCAAUGCUACGACGGCUGGGACGGCAAAGAUUGCAGCGUACUUUUAGAACAGAACUGCAACGACGGACGAGACAACGAUAAAGAUGGUCUCAUUGAUUGCGCGGAUCCGGAAUGUUGCUCCAAUCACAUAUGCCGCAGCAGCCAGCUGUGCGUCUCAGCGCCCAAGCCAAUCGAUAUAUUGCUACGGAAACAGCCACCCGCCAUUACCGCUUCCUUCUUCGAGAGAAUGAAGUUCCUAAUCGACGAGGGCAGUCUGCAGAACUACGCUCGUCAGGAGACCUUCAACGAGAGUAUGUUCUGGAAUCACUUCAACACAAGCCGAUCGGCCGUCAUACGCGGCCGCGUCGUUACUCAUCUCGGCACGGGACUGAUGGGAGUGCGGGUCAGUACCAGCACACCGCUGGAAGGUUUCACCCUUACAAGAGACGACGGCUGGUUCGAUCUCCUGGUGAACGGCGGCGGUGCCGUAACUCUGCAGUUUGGCAGAUCGCCCUUCAAGCCGCAGAGUCAUAUCGUCUUCGUGCCUUGGAACGAGGUCGUCAUAAUCGAUAAGAUUGUUAUGAGCACCGCCGAGGAGAAGCCACCCAUCCACGUUCCACAUGCAUGCGCCGCUCACGAUUACGAUCUUAUGAAGCCGGUCGUCUUGGCUACCUGGAAGCAUGGCUUCCAAGGAGCUUGUCCGGAUAAGAGCGCCAUUUUGGCGGAGUCUCAAGUUAUACAGGAGAGCUUGCAAAUACCCGGAACGGGCUUGAAUCUAGUAUAUCACAGUUCGCGAGCGGCCGGUUAUCUGUCCACCAUACAACUGCAGCUGACUCCGGAAGUCAUACCAGCGACCUUAAAUUUGAUACAUUUGAGAAUCACGAUCGAGGGUAUACUCUUCGAGAAGACCUUUGAGGCCGAUCCAGUGAUCAAGUUCACCUACGCAUGGAACCGCUUGAACGUCUAUCGCCAACGCGUCUACGGAGUUACAACUGCUAUGGUAAAGGUUGGCUACGAGUAUAGCGAUUGCAAGGACAUUAUUUGGGACGUUCAAACGACGAAGUUGAGCGGUCACGACAUGUCCAUCUCGGAAGUCGGCGGUUGGAACUUGGAUAUUCAUCAUAGAUACAACUUCCACGAGGGUAUCUUGCAGAAAGGAGACGGCUCAAACAUUUAUCUGAAGCAUAAGCCAAGAGUUAUUCUCACCACGAUGGGAGACGGUCAUCAGAGACCGUUGGAUUGUUACGAUUGCGACGGGCAAGCUUCCAAGCAGCGUCUCUUAGCGCCCGUUGCUCUUGCCACUGCAGCAGACGGCUCCAUCUUUGUCGGUGAUUUCAAUCUAGUUAGGAAGAUUCUCGUUGAUGGAACAGUCAGAACUGUAGUUAGACUAAACGCAACCAGAGUAUCAUAUCGUUAUCACAUCGCUCUGAGCCCGCUGGACGGCGUUCUCUACAUAUCGGAUCCAGAAUCUCACCAGAUCAUUCGCGUACGUGACACCAACGAUUACACGGAUCCCGAUCAUAACUGGGAAACAGUAGUCGGUUCCGGGGAACGUUGUCUUCCCGGCGACGAAGCUCAUUGCGGCGACGGUGCGCUCGCACGAGAUGCUAAACUCGCUUAUCCCAAGGGCGUUGCCGUCUCCGCCGAUAACGUCUUGUACUUUGCCGAUGGCACGAAUAUACGAAUGGUUGACAGAGACGGUAUCAUUACCACCGUGAUCGGCAAUCAUAUGCACAAGUCGCACUGGAAACCCAUACCCUGUGAAGGAACAUUGAACGUCGAAGAGGUUCAUCUACGCUGGCCGACCGAAUUGGCGAUCAAUCCCCUAGACAAUUCGCUACACAUGAUCGACGAUCACAUGGUUCUCCAGUUAGCGCCGGACGGUCGUGUCAAAGUCGUUGCCGGUCGUCCACUCCACUGCGCCUCUCCGUCAGCCUCAUUCGACACAGAACUCGCGACUCACGCCACUCUCGUGAUGCCGCAGAGUAUCGCAUUCGGUCCAUCAGGCAAUCUCUAUAUUGCCGAGAGCGAUUCCCAGAGGAUCAAUCGCGUUCGCGUGAUCGGUACCGACGGCAAGAUCUCACCGUACGCCGGUGCUGAGUCCAAGUGCAAUUGCCUGGAGCGCGGUUGCGAUUGCUUUGAGGCCGAUCACUAUCUGGCGUCCACGUCCAAGUUUAAUACUAUAUCCGCCGUGGCGGUUUCACCCGACGGGGUAGUGCACAUUGGCGACCAGGCCAACUAUCGUAUUCGCUCGGUAACGGCGAGCAUUCCUGAUGCAAGCGGCGCACGAGAAUAUGAGAUCUACGCACCCGAUACGCAAGAAAUCUACGUGUUCAAUCGGUUCGGCCAACACAUCGCCACGAAGAACAUUCUGACCGGCGAGACUGUGUAUCUCUUCACAUAUAACGUCAACACCAGCAACGGCAAGCUCAGCACUGUGACGGAUGCGGCUGGUAACAAGGUCUUUUUGCUGAGAGAUUACAGCAGCCAAGUGAACUCAAUCGAGAACACAAAGGGACAGAAAUGCAGACUGAGAAUGUCCAGGAUGAAGAUGCUGCACGAGCUGAGCACGCCCGACAAUUACAACGUCACUUUCGACUAUCACGGGCCCACUGGCCUGCUGAAGACGAAGCUCGAUAGUACCGGCCGCAGCUACGUUUACAAUUAUGAUGAAUUUGGCAGGCUGACCAGCGCAGUGACACCUACGGGCAAGGUAAUCAGCUUGACAUUUGAUCUUAGCUUGAAAGGCGCCAUAGUCAAAGUUGGACAGAACAACAGGAAACCCAUCUCGAUGCUGAUCAAAGGAUCAUCCGUUGUCACGAAGGUCGGAGAGGCCGAGCAGAGGACGACAGUUCUCGCCGAUGGCUCGGUUGGAAGGGUAACACCAUGGGCUCACACUGUCAGCACCGACAGUAUGCCAUACUCAAUCCUGGCUGAGAUCGAGCCUCUAUUAGGCGAAAGCUAUCCCGUGCCGGCUAAACAGAGAACAGAAAUUGCUGGUGAUCUGGCUAAUCGUUUCGAAUGGCGAUAUUUCCUCCGAAAGAUUCAAGGAAAUAAGAAUCGCGGAAACUCGAAGGCAAUUGCCCAGGUCGGCAGGAAGCUUCGAGUCAAUGGCGAGAUUCUGCUAUCUCUCGAGUACGACAGAGAAACAAAUACCGUAGCUGUGUUUAUGGACGAUCGGGUAGAAUUGCUGAAUGUCACAUACGACAGAACCGCUAGACCCGUUAAAUGGGGACCGAGAAACGGUAUCUUUGCCGGCGUCGAACUGGAAUACGAUCGAUUCAGCAGAUUGACUAGCUGGACAUGGGGUGACAUCAGCGAAACGUAUGGCUUUGAUAGAGCGGGUCGAUUGUACGAGAUCAAGUACAGCGACGGUACGUCGAUGGUGUACGCCUUCAAAGACAUGUUUAGCAGUUUGCCGCUGAAGGUCACUACGCCGCGUGGAAGCGAUUAUCUUCUCCAAUACGACGAGGCAGGAGCAUUGCAAUCGCUCACUACACCGAGGGGACACAUUCAUACAUUCUCUCUUCAAACAUCUCUAGGGUUCUACAAAUAUCAAUACUACUCGCCAAUGAAUAGACAUCCAUAUGAGAUUCUGUACAAUGAUGACGGUCAGAUUCUUGCUAAGGUGUAUCCUCAUCAAAGCGGGAAAGUCGCUUACGUCUAUGAUCACGCUGGAAAACUCGAAACCACGCUUGCCGGAUUGUCCUCAAUACAUUACACCUAUCAAGAAACGACCAGUCUAGUGCGCAGCAUUGACAUCAAUGAACCAAACUUUGAGAUGCGUAUCGAGUACAAAUAUCACGCCGGCAUCGUAAAGGACGAAAAAAUCAAAUUCGGCAGCAAGAGCGGUAUGGAUAACGCUCAUUAUCGUUAUCAGUACGACGGUAACGCGCGCAUAUCCGGCAUCGAGGUCGAUAUCAACGGCAAACAACUGCCUCAGCUUCGUCUCAAAUACAACCAAAAUCUCGGUGUACUGGAAGGCGUCGGUGAUCUCAGGAUAUACAGAAAUGUCUUUAACCGAUCAGUUAUGCAGGACAGCAGCAAACAAUUCUUCACGGUCACGGACUACGACGAGCAUGGUCGCGUCAAGACGGUGCUGAUGAACAUCCGAUCAUUCGAUGUGUUCCGUAUGGAGCUCGAGUACGACAAUCGUAAUCGCAUCAAGAUGAGGAAACUCACGAUCGGAAAGGAAUCGAUGGAAAAGAAGGAAUGGUCCAGAAUGGAGAAGAUCACGUAUAACGCAGACGGUCAUGUACUCGAGGUAGCGGACACCGAGAACAAUUGGCAAUACGCGUACGAUGAAAACGGUAACGUGAUUGGCGUGACUGAGCAUAACGAGAAGAUCGUCUUGGGCUACGACAGUGGCGAUCGAGUGGUCCAGUACGGUGACGUUGAGUUCAACUCGUACGAUGGACGCGGCUUCGUCGUGAUUCGUGGCGAACACAAAUACAGAUACAACUCGCGCGGUCAGCUGAUUCAUGCAUCGGAGCAUAAGAAAUUCCAAAUUUGGUACUUCUACGACGAUCGCGGCCGAUUGGUGUCGAUGAACGACGAUCGAGAAAACAUCACUCAAUUCUUCUAUGCGAAUCCGAAAACUCCAGAUCUAAUAACGCACGUGCAUUUCCCGAAGUUGUCCAAAACAUUCCGGUUCCUUUACGACUCACGCGAUUUUCUGAUGACUGUGGAAACGUCCGAGCAACGGUUCUAUGUCGCAACGGAUCAGAACGGUUCACCUCUCGCUCUUUUCGACACCAAUGGCAAUCUCAUCAAAGAGAUGCAACGCACGCCAUUUGGCAAGAUCAUCAAGGAUACCAACCCGGACUUUUAUUUGCCCAUCGAUUUCCACGGUGGUCUCUUCGAUCCUAAUACCAAGUUGAUUUAUUUGAACAAGAGGCUCUACGAUCCGACUGUCGGUCAAUGGAUGACGCCUGCUUGGGAGCAAAUGGCCAACGAACUCACCACACCGACUGACAUAUUCAUCUAUCGCUUCCGCAAUAACGAUCCCGUCAACUUUAAGCAAAACGUCGAGUAUAUGACAGAUCUGGCGAGUUGGCUGAAACUCUACGGCUACGACAUCUCAACAAUGCUCGGUUCCGAAUACACAAAGCAGAUGGUGUAUCAACCAAGCGCUACCGUCACAUCCCCGCAAUUGACUCCGGACUUUGGUGUGAUGUCCGGGCUGCAAUGCAUCGUAAAUCGCGUUCAAGAGAAGUUCUCCGACCUUGGUUUCGUGCCCAAGCCAUUAUUGAAACUAGAGCCGAAGACGCGAAAUCUGUUGCCGCGAGUGGCCCAUCGUCGGGCAGUCUUUGGCGAGGGUAUUCUGGUGUCGCGCGUCGGCGGUCGGGCUUUGGUGAGCGUAGUGGACGGCGUGAACAGUGUGGUGCAGGACGUGGUCACGUCCGUAUUCAACAACUCGUAUUUCCUGCCGCUACACUUCAGUGUGCACGACCAAGAUGUCUUUUAUUUCGUCAAGGAUAACGCGCUGAAAAUCCGCGACGACAUGGAGGAACUUCAUCGUCUCGGCGGCAUGUUCAACGUGUCCACGCACGAGACGACAGAGCACGGUGCCGGCACGUGGAAAGAGUUGAGACUGCACAAUCCUGACGCGGCGGUGGUGAUCAAGUACGGAGCCGAUCCUGAGCAGGAGCGGCACCGGAUUCUGAAACACGCGCACAAGCGUGCCGUCGAACGCGCCUGGGAGAUCGAGAAGCAACUGGUGAUGGCCGGUUUCCAGGGUCGGGGAGACUGGUCUAAGGAAGAGAAGGACGAGCUCAUCAGUCGCGGCACCGUCGACGGCUACGAAGGCGUCGAUAUCCACAGCGUACACAGGUAUCCUCAGCUCGCCGAUGACCCUGGUAACGUCGCGUUCACCCGCGAUACCAAGAGGAAGAGGCGAAAGAGCGGCAACAGGCGCAACAGGACUCACAGGCACGACUCGUGAUUCGAGGACGCCACGACGCGAGUUCAAAGUAUCGCUUGGGACUUGAUUCGCGCGUGAAGCGAAGGAACGGAAGAGAAAGAGAGAGAGCCACUGUGUCUCGGAGGAAAUGGUAGGACGGUUUUGUCGCCGUAAUGUGAUUUGCGUAAAUCGCAAUUUGCGCGAGCGGCCAGCAUCGUCGCUCCCUUCUCUCCUCGAUCCUCCUCUCGGCCUCUUUCUCUCUCUCAUACUCGUCGUCGAAAGGGACGCGAAGAUCUAUCAUAAGCGACGACGAACGAUACAUCUCGUGUCCAAUAAUGCAAUCUAUCGAUGUGCCAUAAGCGCGUCUAUAUACGAUCGCGAGCGAUCUCAAAUUUUGGAUCAAUUGAUGCGUGCAGAAACGACGGGUGUGAGAACGGAUCGCGAAGUGUCAAAAUUAACCUAGUCGCAUUAUUAACGAAAUGAAGAAUAUAAAGCUUGUUAUAUGGUGAUUAGUUUAUAGAGAAAGAAAAGAGAGAAAGGGAGAGACGAGCGAGAGAGAAAGAGAAAAGGAGAUGGCGAAUAUAGAUGCAUAUAGAGAUGCAAGACAGGAUAAAAGUGCGUGCGUAGACUUUUAAGGUGCCGUCCGCGACGAAAUCGAUAGUGUUUUUUGCGAAAAAGAAGAUGAGAGAGAAAUGUACGUGUCUUGGACUUUCGUCAUAGAUCAUUGGUAAAAAUCGAGCUGGUGUUAAUUCACGCAACAGGGUCUAUAAGACACGCGUAUAUAUACGCACGCACACACGAGAUAGGAGCGUGAGACGAGGUCAGCGCAUCGAAGUUAGAAGAUGCGAGGCGAGGGAGAAGAUAAUUUUCAAUAUGAAAGAUAUUCGGAAAUUUUCGCGGGGUGAGAGAACAUCAGUUCUCUCUGUUCGAAAUGUUCUCACCUCGCAUCUCUAGUCGGGACGCAUUCAUCCGAGAAUGGACAAGUGAGAGUGAGAGAGAGAAAGAGCAAGAGAGAGAGAGAUAGAGAGAAAGAGAAAGAGACAAACGUGGGGAAUAGAUAUAUACGACAGAUAUUUUUAACAUGGCGCAAAUUGGUGUACUAGGUGCGAGACGAGCAAUUGUAAAUAUAGCUACACUCGAACUUAAUAGUAAAUGUAGAUAAAGUAUCGUAAUGUGUAAAAGAAAUGCGCGCGAGAACGGUCGUAAACACAAGUGGAACUGUCGAUACCGCUUUUUUAUAUGUAUACAAAGAAGAAUACACAUGAGUCAACACUUGCAUAAAGAUAUAUAGGAAUUUACGUCCCCGAAAUAUACGCGAACGGGAGAAAUAAUAUGGGGAAAGUCGUGAAAUUAUCGGACGCGUCGCGAUUCUAUUCUUUUGUUUUGAUAAAAAUGUGAAAAACGUAGGAAAUUUUGUUAGGAGAAAACAUUAGCGUCAAACGGAUGGUUCACGUUAAUCUGGACCCAGGCCUACGCACACAAUUGACACACGUACAUACACACAUACAUAGAUGUAACCACACUAUCGCUUUAAAUCGGCAUACGUAUCGUACGAUCGGCGAUGUCGUCUCAUCGAUUUUGCCGGCACGUACAAAUGCAUAAUUGGAGCCAAGUAUAAAUACGGCACCUAGAAUCGAAAUCAAGUCAAGUCUAAGAGCCAUAGAGUUUAUUUUAAAUAUAAUUUCAUACUUAAAAUAACGUAAGUUCAAAUGGAGUCUUCGAGACGUUAGAUAUAUGGAACAACACCUUGAUUUUUCAAGAAUAAAAUUAAUAAUCAAUGUGAAUUAAACGAUAAAAUAUUAAGCUAUAUAUAAUAGGCACAUUAGAAAAUGAUUAAGAAAAUGAUAGUUAUUAAUUUUAUUGCUGCAAAGCUGUCGCACUGUCCCAAUUAUCCGCUCAAUUGUCUCACUUGAGCAUAAACUUUGUAGAUUUUAAACUUGACGAAUAUUUCGAUUAUGAAAGAAGAGGGUGCCUGAGGUAUAAGCGAAUCUACCGAUUCGUCGUAGAUAGCGUAGACACUUGUAAAUAGGCAUCACGUAAACGAGUAAGAAUUACUAUUGUUACAUAACAUCCUUAUGUAACGAAAACCGACGUGACGAGACGAACGACAGUCAUAACGGGAUGUGUCGAAGUAAUAAUGUCCAGAAUAAUAAUAAUAAUAAUAAUAAUAAUAAUGAUGAUAAUAUGAUAACGCGAUAAGAGUAAUAAUAAAUAUAGAGUAAUAAUAUUAAUAAUAAUAAUAAAAUAAUAAAUAAUAAUAAUAAUAAUAAUGGAAUACGAUAAUAUUACCAUUGUGUACGAGAAAUACCCCGCCUAUCUUUCUACUAAAAAUGAAAAAUUAUUUUUUGAAUUGUGUCGUCGAGAGAAGAAAAGUCCUAUGUAACCGUGUAUAUGUGGGAUCGCCCUGUGAAGAGAACCUCACCCCGCGCUCCACCGAAGAGAGUACCCGGCAAAAAAUAGGAUUUAGCAAGAAUCCAUGCAGAGAUUUAUUUCAAGUUUUAAAUUUCGAAUUCUCAAAAUAGAGCAUUGGAGGUUUGCGAUUAUUGAAUUCUUUUUUAUAACUUUUCUCAUUUGUGUCAAAUUAUUUUUAUUUUCAUCAGGAAUAAUCAAGAAAUUGUCAAUAAUUAAAAAAGAAAUUAUUCAGAAUUAAAUUCGACAUCAGUAUUUAAUUACUAGUAUUUUAAUUCCGCAAAAAUUGUUAAACUUAAUUUCGAUUUCAAAGAUCAAGUAUUUAAUUUUAUCAAACUCUCUCGCGAUUCUUUUAAUUCGUCUAUUUUUUCAGGGUACAACCUUGACCCCUCCUCUCUAUAACUGAUAUAGCUGAAUUUGUCGGUGUUUAUCAAUAUUGGGUAAAUAAGAAAAAAAAAAGGUAGAUCGAAGUCUGUGGUUCGGGUCGAAUAAAGUAACCAAUUAAAUAGAAAGUAAAGAUGCAAAAAAAAAACGAAUAUAACGCAUAAUAUAUAUAGGGGUACACGGUGAGCCAACGUGCGAGCCCACGCAGCUCCACCACGUUGUGUUCUACGUAGGCGAUAUAUAAUUAAAAAAAAAUACAUAAUCAUAACUGCAAACGUACGUAUUAGUUGACGAAUUGACGUGGGGUAUAGCAAACGGUUAAGGGAAUGUGCUAGUGAAUCUUACAGGUAACAUCGCUGUACAUAUCUGUUGUGUAUAGCCUACUGUCUCGCGAAAGUAGUCUUCACAUCCUCGCAUAGAAAAAAAUUUCCACCAGAGAAUUUUAGCGGCGAGAUGACAUUGAUUUUGCAAUAUUUAAGUCAAGUACCACAACUGUCAUAUCUUUAAAAUCUUCCGCAUCAUUGUUUGAAUCAAAGAGACUUCUUUGCAAAAAAAAAUUAAUUGAGAAAGAGAAAGAAUUUGAUAGAAUUCGUAUAUGUGUAUUUUAUAUCGUAACAAAUUUUCCAUAAUUGCAAACGUGUCGCUGAAAUUCUUAUGCUCUUCGUCAAAUAUUCCGUCUAAAGAAAGAUUUUUUUUCGUUAAUCGCCUUUUCCGGAGGGAAACCUGAGGUUGGACGAGGCAUAUCAAUCUGUGAUUGAUCCUGUAUCAUGUGAUGCAGCGACUAAAUUUUAUUCUCCGUAUAAAUAGAACAAGCAAUAGGUCGAAAACUUAAUACUUUAACGCGGAAAAUUGCUCAGUCAUCGAAACCUCGGGCUCGAUUUUAAACUGUAGUAAAAUUGUUUCUUCGUAUUAUUGUAAUCUCAAGCGAAUAAUUUUCAUUUAUAAUUUCACAUAUUGAAACGUAUGUGUAUUAGAGUAAUAUUUAAGAGAAAACUAUAAAAAUUAUCUAUUCAAGAUUAAAAAGUGGUGGGAAAAAAUAUCGAGAUAAUUUCACCUGAUAACUAAAAAAUUAAAUUUUAUUCCAUUCGACGCGAAAAUGAUCAGAGAGCUGGACUACGACCGAUUCGUUAAUAUUAUUUUAUAUAUAUAUAUAUAUUUUGCUGUGAAAAAUUAGAAAAUUUAAAAAUCUCACAUCGGAGUAGACCAUCAUUCUUAUAAAACGGACGUGUGUAAUUAACUUUAAACUAAUCGAAUUUAAUAACGUGGCAAGAUUGCCUCUUCGGUGAUGUUUCCGAUUGUCGCCUCGGGUAACCCGCAUUCCCUCGAUAUUACGUUCUUAAUGAUUUCCUCGGCUCUCUUGGAGCACGAGGGGAUAAAAUCCCCUCCGUAGCAGCGCUUGUUACUGAGUUGUCUAUUAAUACGCCGUUAUCCGACACGCGCGCGUUAUUGUAUAGUUUAUAAUAGAAACGCUCGGCAUGUGCGGCAGCGUUUCGUCAACGCCUCGAACGAGAGUAACCCAGGCGAACGAUUUUCCGUUGCAAGCGUUUUUCUAUGUGUACUCGUCUACUCGCAAAACGAUACGUAAAAACGGGAGAGAGAAAAAGAAAAAAAAACGAUACGACGUUAAAAAGUACUCGAGUUAACUUUACGCUUAGCGCAUGUUUCCUUCGAGCGCAAGAGAGCCGCGGGUGAAUUCCGUCUGCCAACCUUUUCUUUUCUUUGCGAAACUUUUAAUGUAGUCUCAUUAAGUGGCCUAACAAAAAUGUAUUCGACCGAAUCUAUGCAAGAUAAGAAUUGCAGUUUCUGCAAUUUCUUCAUCUGCCACAAAUACAAUUGUAAAAUCGUAGAGAUAUGAAAUUAAAACAUCAUUUUCAGAGAGAUUAAAUUAUUUUGAUAUACAUGAUAAGAUUUUAUAUCAAAAAUACAGAAUAACAUAUGUCCAUUAUAAUCUUAGUAUUCUUCGAUUUACAAUAUCUAAACAAAUGCAACAAAAUAUCAAAACCUACACGAAUUUUCGAAAAAUCGUGCUCUCUAUUUGUGCAAAUUUUUAAUAUUUAUUACAUUUUGGAAUAGAAAGAUUAAAAAAAGAUAGGAACACGGGAUUCUCGACGCGGCUCGUCGCAGGAAGGUGCAAAAUUUAUUAUUGUUAUGCCGGAUCGCGAUCGGCAGGUGCGAUCGAUACGCGAUUAAGAAAAAGCAAUACUUCGUAACUAUCGUGUAUGUCUCUGAAUGCUGUUAAAAGGUCGGCGAUAGAACGCGAGAGAGACAAUGAUAAAUAUGUCAAAAAGUGAAAAGAGCGUGAAAGGAAGGGUGUGUGAGAAACUAAAAAGCGCGCGAGAAAGAGACAUUAUAUAUACAUAGAUUAAUAUAUAUAUAUAUAUAUAUAUAUAAAUAUAUGCGAGAGUUGCGUUAACAGAUAGUUACUGCGAGGGGAAAGGAAGGAAGUCGUGCGCUUUUUUUAUAUAUAUACUGGCGAGCCGAGACACCGUAUGUCUCUCGCGCUUCUUUCUCGUAAGCCAGAGAAAUUGCAGCGGUCGCGUGUGACCUUUCUUUUUGUACAUAUUGUAUAACAUACGAUCGAAAAUGAUAUUAACGUCACGCGACGACACAGGGAGCGUCUCUCGAGAUCUCUCCGCGAUCGAUAUCACGGAGUCCUAUCCGGAGCAACACUCUAAGUAAGCGGUAAACGCUAAACGUCCACGAUCGGUGGAAAGUAACUAUAAAUUGUCAUGCACAUUUUUAUCUUGAAUGCAUAUCGUAUGUGUAUAAUUGCACAUCUCUAUACACAUACGCGAUUUGACACAUUACCGUAAAAUAUGCUAUUAUAAAAGGUCAAGAUAAAAAAAGCUCUAUAUCAGAUGCGGACGUAUGUGUUAUGAGAAUUUUUAUUUUGGACUAUGAUAUAAUAUUGUUCGCUUUAAUAUUUAUCGUAAAAUGUGGUAAACACAUAUGUCUCCGUUAUCGUUCGUGGAUGGAGAACAGAAAGAGAGCUGCCACGUAAGGAGGAGAAAAAAAAAGAGUCACAAUCGUACGCGACAUUGAUGUUGUUAAUUAGGGUACCUACAAUUAUCCGUAGCGAUGGUAGUUUCGUACACCUGUGCCCGCAAAAAGGAAAGGAGAAUCGUGUCACCGUAGCGACCUUUAUACUUUCAUAUAAGGAGAUGAUGGUCAAUUUGUAAUAGACGGAGAGAAGAAGUGACAAAAAGUAUAAAAACUGAGACUCCUUCCUGGCAUUUACUCUCGACAUUUGGUGUGUCGGUGAACCCUACGAUCACCGACACGGCCGAAAUACACGCUCGCCCGUUCGUCUAUAUUUUUCUUUUCGUUUUUCGUAAACUUGUACAUAUUAAUUGCGAUCAUUAUGUAAAUACUCUGAAUGAACACACACCCGUACGCGUGCGUGCCCACACGCGCGCAAGGUUUAUUUUAAAAAGAUUAUACAUCAUUAUAUAUAUAUAUAAAUAUAUUUACCAUGUAAUGAUAUAUUUAACAGUAAGGUAACAUAUAUUCUAUACUCUUACACGCUAAGUACUCAAUAAAUAUAUCUAUAAAAUUUCCCCGUGUUUGUGUGAAUGUCUACCCCUGAACCCAUCCUGAUAAUCCUGUCGUAUUGUGGCGUCUGUAAACCAUCCCA